AUGGGUGGACCACACGCUAAGACUUUCAUGGGAUGGUGGGGUAGCAUGGGCUCCCCAGCGCAAAAGGGUAUUACCUCCUACGCUGUGUCUCCAUAUGCGCAAAAGCCAUUGACAGGUAUUUACCACAGUGCUUUGUUCAACACUUUCAGAAGAGUCAAGUCGCAAGUUUUGUUCGUGGUCAUUCCAGGUGCUCUGUACUGGAUGUGGUGGAGCAAUUCUAGAGACUACAACGAAUACUUGUAUACCAAGGCCGGAAGAGAGGAGUUGGAAAGAGUCAACGUUUGA